AUGACCGCGAAAUCGGCGCCUUCCGCUGUUGCGGAAGCAUCAACGCUCGAGUCUGGAUCCUCCGACGACACUCGCCCGGUCAAGAAGACAUGGUACCGGUCCACACUCUUCAAUGCCUUUGUCAUUGGUGUCGUCGGAUUUCUGGCCCCGGGCCUGUGGAAUGCGAUGAACGCCCUUGGAGCUGGCGGAGCGCAAGAGCCUUUCCUCAUCAACGCGGCCAAUGCGCUCGUCUUUGGUCUCAUGGGCUUCCUUUGCCUCUUCGGAGGUCCCAUCGCUAACCGAAUCGGAUUGGACUGGACACUCUUCCUCGGCGCUGUCGGCUACCCAAUCUACUCGGCUGGCCUCUACACCAACAACCGCUUUGGCAACGUGUGGCUGGUGCUGGUUGGGGCGGCUGCUUGUGGUAUCUCGGCCGGACUCUUCUGGGCGUCCGAAGGCGCCGUUGCACUUGGCUACCCAGAGCCGGAGAAGAGAGGCAAGUACAUGAACAUUUGGCUCUGGUUCCGGACAGGCGGCCCUUUACUCGGUGGCGUCAUUGUGCUUGCGCUCAACCACAGCGCCGAGGUGAAGAAGAAGGGCAAGGUCGACGCGCACACAUACCUCAUCUUUGUGGCCUUGCAAUGCCUGGCCGCGCCUGUCGCCUUACUCCUGUCGCCACCGGACAAGGUGCAGCGUACAGACGGCAGCAAGGUCAUUGUGCGUGCCGAAAAAAGUCUCAAGGCGGAGUUUGCAGCGCUGUGGAAAGCCAGCUUGCGAAAGGACAUCCUAUUGCUGCUUCCCAUCUUCUGGGCCUCCUACUUCAACCAGUAUAACGGCAACUUCCAGACCUACUACUUUGGCGUUCGCGCCCGCGCCCUCAUCGGCUUCGUCAGCAAUUUCGGCACGCUCUUGUCCUCACAGCUCAUGAGCAUGCUGCUGGACUGGAAGAAGUUUUCGGUCAAGAAGCGCAUCAUCAUCGGCUUCUGGUACUCGCUGGUGCUGCACAUUGUCGCCUGGGUCUACGGCUGGGUUAUACAGGAAAAGUACACAGCAAACCCGCCAGCUUGGGACUGGGAAGACGCGGGAUUUGUCGAGGGGUUCUUUGUUCUGCUUUUGUGGGACUUUGCGCGCCAGGCUUUGCAAAACUGGCUGUAUUACUUCUUGGCGACAAAGACCGACAAUAUCUCUGAACUGAGUCGGUUUUGCGGCAUUCUACGCGGCCAAGAGAGCUUCGCGCAGGCCGUGAGCUUCGGACUCAACACAAAGAAAUGGCACGGUGGACGAGUUCCCCUGGCCGUAAACACGAUCCUCCUUGGCCUCUCCGUGCUUCCGACAUGGCUCGCCGUAAAGGGUCAUGUCCCUGUCGAAACGCCCAAAUAUGUUGCGCCCCAGCAGGAGAGCGAGGAGGAUGUGCCGUUAGGCAGCGCCAAGAUCGGAGUCGAUGAGAAAACCGAAGUCGCUGGUGCAGAGUCGAGCAGAGGAAAUGCCGGUGGGAUUUGA